AUGGCUGGUCUCCUACACUUCCUCAUCGUGGCCAGUUUUGUGUGGAUGCUGCUGGAGGCAUCGCAGCUCUUCAUGCUCGUUCGGAGACUGACCAAAGUACAAGUCAUCAAGAGAGACGGCCUCCCCAGACCCUUACUGUACUUUGUGGGUUACGGGGUCCCUAUGGUGAUAGUGGGGGUCUCAGCGGUGGUGUAUUCAGAUGGAUACGGAGCAACUGCAGGAGCGUGCUGGCUGUCAACCACCAGAAGUUUCAACUGGGCUUUGACAGGACCUGUGAUCGCUGUGCUAGCACUGAACUGCUCGCUGUUUUGUGCGACGCUUUGGAGUCUGAGAACCACUUUAGCCAAUAUGAAGAGUGGGGCUUCAGAUUCCAAAGAUGCAAGGUUAGUGUUGUUCAAGAUAGUGGCUCAGUUUGUGAUUCUGGGCUGUACCUGGAUCCUGGGUUUGUACCAGUCCAACCUUUUCUUCCGAGUCCUCUUCAUCAUCCUCAACUCACAGCAGGGAACGUUCCUCUACAUCGUCCACUGCGUGCUCAACAAAGAGAUUGUUCUACACACUCUGAGAAGUGUGUUGGAGCAGUGGUCCCCAACCUCCGGGCUUUCGAACCGGGCUGUCAAAGAGUCCUCUCUGUAG